UUGUGUGCAGAAUUCCCUUUAAUCAGUUAAUCGAAUAUUCAUGUGCUUCCUUGCUUCUUUGUGAAGCCAUGUCUCUAUUGUUUGAUGAUGAUGCUGUUGUGAAUUCUGUCAAAAAUGAUUUUCUUUGAAUUCAUGACAUGGGGUGGUGUCAGGUUAAUGAAUUAUUUGUCUAACUUGCAAAAGAAAUUGUGAAAGUUGUCUUAUCUGUGAUGUUUUGCUCUGAUCUGCUUUACUUGCUGCAAUCAGCAAUGUGAAUUUUGUGAGUUGAAUUUUGCAGACCCAGAAUUGAUGCGGCAACCAUGACAUAUUGCUUCUUAAAAUAGGUCAAUACUCGGAGACCAAGAGGUGAUGGCAUCAGCAGAAAGGAGGGCUCCUUCUUAUAGAGCCAAUUAUUUCACUCAAGAUUUCCGGAUUCCCCUGAAUUCUUCAGACCAUCCAUCUUCAGUUUCAAAAGACUCAGUAUCUGAUAGGGCACCUGGUAAUGAUAAAAAUGAUCAAAUUCCUGCCAAUUCUGAUAAGCUACCAGACAUGAAAUGGUGGCUACAUGUGAAGAGCAAUAUGGGGGGUGAAGCAGAUUAUACAAGUCAAAAUCUGAACUCCUGCAAGUCUGAGCUCAGUGCCUUCUAUGCAGAAUUUCUUGAUGGCAAUGUCAAGAGUGUAGAAGAACAAUCUGUCAUGGAUUUUGAUGCUCUUUCCUAUAUUGGAAGUACUAAUUUAUCUGUAGAGCAGCCCUGGCAUUACAAUAAUACCAGAAUGCCAAAAAUCGAGGCUUCGCGGAAUAAGGAUUUACAUGUUACUCCUAAGAAGAAAGAUCAGAUGGAUUUCUAUUUUUUAGAUGAUCAUUUUGCGGAUAGUGAUAUCUCCAGUUUCUUGGUCUCUGAACAAGGUAAAAUGACAUCAUCUGAUCUGGAAUCACAUUUGGUGGGAGCUGAGAAAACUGGACCAUGGUGGCGCACUGCGGGAAAAGAUGAAUUGGCUUCCUUGGUUGCUCAGAAGUCAAUGGAGCAUAUUGAGAACUGUGAUCUCCCUAAUCCCCAGACUAAGCAGAGAGCCAGCUACCAAAAGGGUUUUGAUCAUGAUAAAACUACACCAUCAUCUCUAAACCAGAAAGCUGAAACUGGUUCUUCCAAUGCGGAUGGUUAUACAUCUGGAACCCCCUCUUCUGGCUGUUCAUUUCAGGAUUCAAACGAGCAUUUCAGAUCUAGCAGUAGCAAAGAUUCCGGUUCAAGCAACAAAGAUUGCCAAACAAAUUCUGAGAAGAGGAGCAUGGCCGAGCUGUUGGAAGCGCUGUGUCAUUCUCAAACAAGAGCAAGAGAAGCUGAGAAAGCAGCACAACAAGCUUACAACGAGAAGGAGCAUAUCCUGAGCCUUUUCUUCAGACAGGCUUCACAACUCUUUGCUUACAAGCAGUGGUUCCACCUGCUGCAGCUCGAAAAUCUCUGCCUUCAACUCAGAAACAAAAACCAGCCACUGCUAAGUCUCUUCCCAUCGGCUUUACACCGGGUCCCUUCGAGGGGAACGCUGCAUAAGAAGAGUCCUGGAAAAGGUGGAAAGAGGAAGAAUUGUAACAGAAGAUGUGGGAUCCAAAACUGCAUUGUCGCUUUCGCGGUGGGUUUAGGCCUUGCUGGUGCUGGUUUGCUUCUUGGUUGGACCUUGGGGUGGAUGUUUCCUACACUGUAAUUGUGGUGGUAUCUUGCUUGAGACAUUGACUAACACGAAUCUGUGUGCUGCUGCUGCUAAAUGCCCUUCUGGAGUUUGAGAUCUGUUGUGCUAAUAUGAUUAGCAAGAAUGUACAUAUGAAUGUUAUCUUUGGUUUCCAUUUCCAUCAUUUGUGAAUAUUCCUAGUGCAUUUAGACCACUUAGUUUUAUACAUUUAAAGAAGUGUAGAAAGAAUGAGAUUUGUAGAUAUGUGCAGUGUUUUGCUUGAACUAGCAAAUUUAAAUGUUCGUAGUUACUUGAAAGUUGAAA